CAUCUGGAGCCGAGUUUCCAAACUGCAGCCAGUUCUCCUGUUUUUCUCUGCAGGGCCAUAAUUAUACGAAACAGUGAAGUUAUUCCAAUGACGAAUGAAUUCACACCUGAGUCGGAGAGACAGCGGCUACAGUAUCUGGGAUUCCUGAGGCCAGAGCUCCUGGGUAAUGAGUUCACUCACAUUGAGUUUCCUCGGAGGAUCCAGCACAGCGAGCUGGGGAAGAAGAUGCUCUACAGAGACCACACCAUGACCGGCUGGGCCUAUAAGACAAUCGUUGAAGAUGAUCUCAAAUUCCCGUUGAUAUAUGGAGAAGGGAAAAAGGCUCGUGUCAUGGCGACAAUCGGAGUGACGCGCGGACUGGGUGAUCACGACCUGAAGGUGUACAACUCCAACAUUUACAUAAAGCCCUUCCUCUCAUGUGUCCCAGAGGUAAUGGUUUAUAACGUGGACGAAAACAAGCACGGGCCGGACGACGUCCUGGUGAUGGGCACAGAUGGACUGUGGGACGUGACGACGGACCGCGAGGUGGCAGAUGCUGUGUCGGCCUACUUAUCCUGCUGUGACCCCGCCGACCCCAUGAGAUACACGCUGGCGGCUCAGGACCUGCUCAUGAGGUCUCGAGGCGUGUUGAAGGAGCGCGGCUGGCGGCUGCCCAACGAGAAGCUGGGCUCCGGCGACGACAUCACCGUGUUCGUCAUCCCGCUCGCUGGGCACGAGUCGGAGACAUGACGAGGUGCUGUGACGACCUCUCGGGGUUCUUCCCACGGCC